AUGAGCAAUGCAAUUAAAAUGCCAAAAAAAACUAUUAGCUUGCAUGAUAUUUGUAAGAAAAAUUCAAAGAUUCCAAUUACGAAUCCUGGAUACAAAUCAAGCAAGAUAGGCAACCAAAUGAAAUCUCUUGAAUUAUUGACUAUAAAACCAGAAACAGAUCCAGAUAAUUCAUUAACAUGUUCUAAUAUUUCAGUUCCAUCAACUGCUACAGAGUUGACAGAAACAUCAUCUCUAGAAAAAUCAAAUUCAGCUGAAUCUUCUUCAUUGAUAUUAGAUACAUUCAGUCAGUCAUCAGCAUCAAAAUUAAUACGCAGAAAAAUACCAAGAGCUGGUCACUUAAUGACUCCACGGCACUUAUGGAUCCAAUCAAUUCCACCCAAAGCUUGCGAUGUGGUUUUAACAUUCACCAAAACUACAGACUUUAAGACUAUCGAAUGGGUAAAAUCACUAAUAGUAGACGAGUCGAAUGGUUUCAGUUUAUCUGUGAAUGUCCAAUAUCAUUCAUCGACCGACUCGUACUGUUUUUACUUGACAGCUUCUUUUCAUGUUCUAAUGAAAGCAGCUCAAGAUGUACAUUUACCAAAAAAAAUUAUUGGUGGUGGUGGCCUAAGAGAAUUUAUACUUUCUGAAAUGAAUAUGUUUGAAGGAAUCGAGGAUCAUUCAAAUUUUUUCACUAUGCAAGAAAGGCAAACAUUGAUUUUAUAUAUCUUAAAUACACACAGGGUACAAAAUUGUGAUUGGCUCACAGAACUAGUUGAAAGCCAACCAUUAAUUUCAGAAUGUAUGUCAAAUGGAAUAAUUGAACAUUUAUUCCCAGUUCAUGAGAAUAAGACAUUAAAGUGGUUGCGUAUUAUCUGGGUAAAGUCCUUUUUCAGCUUACAACCUUUGGAUAAGGUUUGUGAUUAUUUUGGUGUCAAAAUUGCCAUGUACUUUGCAUGGAUUGGACACUACACUGGUUCAUUAAUAUAUCCAGCUAUUGCUUAUUCCACAUUUUGGUUUGGGUUUGGAAGACAACUGGAUCAAUGGACAGAAGGAGUAUGGUUUGUUGUGUUGGCCUUUAUGAAUGUUCUCUGGCUGACAGUAUACUUAGAAACAUGGAAACGCUACUGUGCUGAAUUAGCCUAUCGAUGGGCUACACUAGAUCAAAGACAUCAGCUUCUGUUACAACCUCGUCUAGAAUUUAAAGGUCAUCCGCGAAUUAGUCCGAUAACUGGUAAAGCUGAACUAUGGUAUCCAAAUUGGAAACGAAGGCUGUUCAGUUAUUUUGUCAGUGCACCCAUCAUUGGUCUAUGUUUGGCAGUAGUCUUUGUUUUAACAAUAUUACAAAUAAAAUUACAAGACUGGUGGGAUUCAUAUAUUGAAACAAACGAAUAUCCAACAUAUUUAAGUUACAUUUCCAAAAUUAUGUUAGCCCUUAUCAUCGCUGUGCUUGAUGACAUUUACAACAUUAUUGCCGUGUGGCUGAAUGAUUGUGAAAACUAUAGGCUGGACACUGAAUACGAAAACCAGCUGAUCAUCAAAGUUACACUGUUUCAAUUUGUCAACUCGUUUCUGUCUCUUUUCUACAUCGCUUUCUAUUUGCAAGACCAGGAAAGACUUAGAACGCAAUUGGCCGUGCUUCUAAUCACCAGACAGCUAAUACGCAACAUCAAAGAGUCGGCGCUCCCUUACGUGUUAGAGCAAAUCCGUUUCGCCAAAAUCAGCUUUGACCUGUUUGGUGCAUUGACACCAUCCGACGGCCCGGCCAAACCGAACGGCGAGCGUGUCGUGUCACAGCCAGAACUUGAGUGUUCAAUGUUUAAAUUUGAUGGUACGUUCUCCGAACACUUGGAGAUUUUCAUCCAGUUUGGUUAUGUGGUAAUGUUCUCGUCAGCGUUCCCUCUGGCCGCCCUGUGCGCGUUCCUCAACAAUCUGAUCGAAAUACGUAGUGACGCAUUCAAAAUGUGCUACGUAUACCAAAGGCCAUUCGGUCAACGGAUCAAGGACAUCGGAAUGUGGCAGAACAUUAUGGAAGUGAUGGGUUUCAUCGCAGUGCUUGUAAACUGUGCCCUGAUCGGUCUCAGUGGUCAAGUCCACCGAUUGCUGCCCGACAUGACAGCGAUUCAAACAGUCUUGUUGAUCGUCGCACUCGAGCACAUAAUGUUGGCUUUCCGAUGUGCGCUAAGCUGUCUGAUCCCAGACGUACCACAAUGGAUAGCCACUGAAAUGGCUAAGACCGAGUAUAUUAGACGCGAAGCAGCGUCUUCCAAGUCUCAGUGA